CGGCGGCCCGCUGAGAUGGGCUCGGUCUCCUCGGCGCUGGCGCGUUCUCGCAACGCCGUGGUGCAGUCGGGCUCUCCGCCGCCGCCGCCGCCCGCCGCGCCCGCGCCGCCCCGGGACCCGCUCGCAGUCUCCCGGAGCCCGAGGCCCGCGCCGCCGCAGAGCCCGGAGCUGUCCGCGGUGCUGAAGCGCGUCCCGACCAUGGCCCGGCCCUACAAGCCGCGGAGCCGCAGCGCAGCCGAGAUGAGAACCCGGAGGAUAGCGGCCGCUGAAUGGGACAGCCCUGGGGACACGGUGCAGAAAGCCCAGGAUGGAAAAGAGCAAGUUGCGAAUGAAGCCGGAGACAAGACGGCCAGGCCUCUCGCUCGAUUCUCCCGGUCUAAGUCACAGAACUGUCUGUGGAAUUCUCUCAUCGAUGGACUCACAGGCAAUGUCAAGGAGAAACCACGGCCAACAAUUGUCAAUGAUCCUCGUCCACCAGAGGAAAUUCUAGCUGAUGAAUUGCCUCAGCUGGAUAGCCCAGAAGCCUUGGUGAAGACAUCAUUCAGGUUGCGGUCUUUGGUCAAACAGUUAGAGAGAGGGGAGGCCUCCAUAGUAGAUCUGAAGAAGAAUUUGGAAUAUGCAGCCACAGUGCUUGAAUCUGUAUACAUUGAUGAAACCAGGCGGCUCCUGGACACAGAAGAUGAGCUCAGCGACAUUCAAUCGGAUGCAGUGCCCUCUGAGGUCCGAGACUGGCUGGCCUCCACCUUUACCCGGCAGAUGGGGAUGAUGCUUAGAAGGAGUGAAGAGAAGCCUCGGUUCAAGACUAUUGUCCACGCUGUGCAGGCUGGGAUAUUUGUGGAGAGGAUGUAUAGACGAACAUCAAAUAUGGUUGGACUGAGCUAUCCUCCAGCUGUUAUUGAAGCGUUAAAGGAUGUGGAUAAGUGGUCUUUUGAUGUCUUCUCCCUCAAUGAAGCCAGCGGUGAUCACGCACUGAAAUUCAUUUUCUAUGAGUUACUUACACGCUACGAUCUAAUCAGCCGUUUCAAGAUCCCAAUUUCCGCUCUUGUCUCAUUUGUGGAGGCCCUGGAAGUGGGGUACAGCAAGCAUAAAAAUCCUUACCACAACUUAAUGCAUGCUGCUGAUGUUACACAGACUGUGCAUUAUCUCCUCUAUAAGACAGGAGUGGCCAACUGGCUGACGGAGCUGGAGAUCUUUGCGAUAAUCUUCUCAGCUGCCAUCCAUGACUAUGAGCAUACCGGAACCACCAACAAUUUUCACAUUCAGACUCGAUCUGAUCCAGCUAUUCUGUACAAUGAUAGAUCUGUAUUGGAAAAUCACCACUUAAGUGCAGCUUACCGCCUUCUGCAAGAGGAUGAGGAAAUGAAUAUCUUGAUUAACCUCUCAAAGGAUGACUGGAGGGAGUUUCGGACCUUGGUGAUUGAGAUGGUGAUGGCCACGGAUAUGUCUUGUCAUUUCCAACAAAUCAAAGCAAUGAAGACUGCCCUGCAGCAGCCAGAAGCAAUUGAGAAGCCCAAAGCAUUAUCCCUGAUGUUGCACACAGCAGACAUUAGCCACCCAGCAAAAGCUUGGGAGCUCCAUCAUCGCUGGACAAUGUCUCUCCUGGAGGAAUUCUUCAGACAGGGUGACAGAGAAGCAGAGCUGGGACUGCCCUUUUCUCCUUUGUGCGAUCGAAAGUCAACCAUGGUUGCUCAAUCUCAAGUAGGUUUCAUUGAUUUCAUCGUGGAACCCACUUUCACUGUGCUCACAGACAUGACUGAAAAGAUUGUGAAUCCAGUAGUUGACGAAAACUCCCAACCUGGUGGGACUGGACAGAGGCGUUCAAGCUUGAACAACAUCAAUUCUGCAGACACAAAACGAUCAGCUGUCAAGAGUGCUGGCUCAGAAGGAAGUGCCCCCGUCAACAACUCUGUCCUCCCUGUUGACUAUAAGAGUUUUAAGACCACUUGGACGGAGGUGGUGCAUAUCAAUCGGGAGAGAUGGAGGGCCAAGGUGCCCAAAGAAGAGAAAGCCAAGAAGGAAGCCGAGGAAAAAGCUCGCCUGGCCGCAGAGGAGAAGCAGAAGGAAAUGGAAGCCAAAAGUCAGGCUGAAGAAGAUGCAUCCGGCAAAGCUGAGAAAAAGACUUCUGGAGAAGGGAAGAAUCACAUCAAUGGAACCCGAGCGAACAAGAGUGACAACCCUCGAGGGAAAAAUUCCAAAGCUGAGAAGUCCUCGGGGGAAAAGCAACAGAAUGGUGACUUAAAAGAUGGUAAAAAUAAGGCAGACAAGAAGGAUCAAUCCAACGUCGGAAAUGACUCAAAGAAAACAGAUGAUUCAGAAGAGUAAUAAACACCUCAUAUACAAUAAAAGAGGCUGCCACAAUGUCUUGCAUCAUUUUAGCUGAGCUUCUUCAUUCUUCUCCUUCUUCCACAAAGACCUCUAUCUGAGAAAGGUGUUCAACUUUCAAAAACAAGCCCCCACACUUUGCCUUCUCUCAUGCCAUCCCCUCUUGGACACUGAGUCCCUGGGUGUUGGUUUGGGAUCUUAGAUAUUGGGGGAUUUUUCCCUGAGAAAACAACACAACUUGAUUUUUUUUUGGCACAAACUGAAAUAAAACAUGAAGGUACUUCCUCAAAAUCCUUUGCUAAUGCCCUGGCUUUCAAGGCACCUGUCUGGCCUCAUGAGAAUGGACAUCCGAGAUGUGCUGAGAGAGGCCUGAAAAAGCCACACACACAGUAAUCACCAUGUCAUUACUGUCGAUGUCAAUUUCCUUCAAUGUUGUUCCUUUCUGAGCUGACUACUACUGAUGGAGACAGCCAAGCUGGCCUUUAUCACAGCCAAAAGGAUUAUUACAGUCUCUGGUUGUUCCUUUCCCAAGUCAGGAAUAUACUUUGUCUCUAAUUUCCCCUCACAUUUAAAAUUUUGUUCUUACGAUUUUUGUUCCGUUUAUAUAACAUGAUUUUCUUGGUUUUUGAAAACAGGGAGAUUAUAUUGUAGGAUUCUUUUCUUGAUGUUAAAUUAUGCUUGGAUUCAUUAAUAUGAGUUUGAAUGUUUCUCUGCUGGCCACAGUAAUCAGAUAGAAAUCCCUAUGUUUUGUUGGGCAACAGUCAUAACUUCUACCACUGGUUGAUCCUCUUUUGGCUGUUGUUGGUUUGAUUUAACCGUUCUUCCUUCCAUUCAGGAAAGUGUUAAUGGGAUUCUUAUCCUGGAAAAAUGUUACAUAAUUCUUUUCCUUUUAAUGAGUCUUGAGAAAAAUGAGGUAGGAAAUUAAUAGCACAAAUAAAAAAUAAGAUGAAUAGAUGUAGUGUGGAAAGAGAAUAAAAAAGAUCGCCCCUAAAACAAAAUGGAAUUUAAAAAAUGGAAAUUGGGACUGGAGCGACAGCACAGCAGGUAGGGCAUUUGCCUUGCAUGUGGCCGACCCAGGUUCGAUUUCCCAGCAUCCCAUAUGGUCCCCCAAGCACCUCCAGAAGUAACUCCCCCUGUGUAUCGCCCAGUGUGACCCAAAAAGCAAAAAAAAAAAAUGGAAAUCAGUGGAAUGUAAGUACAGUGUAAUUUCAUGGAUCCGAAGUGCUAUGAUUUGGAUGCAACCAAUUCUUUAAAUGUGGUUGUGAUAUACAGAAAAACCUUUGAGUAAAUCACAUUAAGAUGCUGGUGAUGGAAGGGGAUUAGUAGUAGGAAGAGAUUAAGUUCAAAAACAGAUAAAGUGUCUGCCUUAUUGCCAAAUUAAAUUUCUACUAAGCACAAAAAAAGUUUGAUCCUUUUAUUAAUAAUAAAAAAUACUAUAUCUUCAGCCAAAUAGGAGACCAUGUCGAUAGUUUACAAGAACUUUUGUGUCACUAAAGUAUCCCCCAACAGAAUGUUCUGAAGAAAUGAAUCUAUCGUACAGAAUACACAGUGGCAUAUUGGUAUUUAAACAGGAUGCUUUGGAGAACUUGAUGUUUCGCUUCUUAAUAACCAUUUUUCCUGUUGCCUUCCCCACCCUGCUUUUCUGACCAUAACUGUGGUCAAAUAGAUGAAUAAAUCCAGAAUGGUGGUGGCAAUGGCUUCACAAUGGACUGUGUUGUCAGCGAGUGUGGAGGAGCAGGAGGGAUGGUGAUUAAUGUAUGGACCUAAAAUGGCACUUGGUAGUCAGUUACAAGCUCCGUACUCCAUAGGAGGGGUAUUGUAGAUACCUAGGAGUUUAUAUAAGCCCUUUCCAGAUUUGAAAAUAUUGGUAACUAAUUCAGAAACUUAAAACACUAUGCUAGUCAUAGAAAAUAUGCCUAUGACCUUCACCCAGUCCAUAGGACAUGCAAAUGAUGUUUUUUGAGGUGAGAUAAAUCUGUUAGGAACAGAAUCCAGCAAGUGCAUGCCAAUUCUUAACGUUAGAGCCAGAAUCUUUUACCUCAUUUCUAUUCUGUAUUUUUCUACUUAACUGCUUUGCAGCCAGUCACAAUAGAAAGCCAACUUCCCUUUUGUAUUUUAUCAAACAAGACUAAACAAUGUUUGAAAAGGAAAUAGGAAUAAGCCAUUUUUUUCUAGCACCACUAAAGACGAACUUGCUUGGCAUUCAUUCAUUAAAUGAUAAAGAAUGGGAAGGGAAUUUAGUACAGAACCCUGCCAGUAAUUAUCAAUGUGAGAAAACAAAAUCUCUGUGUAAAUCUUUUGUUUUUUCAUUCUCAGAAAGUGUUUAGAGGGCACACUGAGUAAAAUUGCAAAAUUCUCUGUUUAAAAAAUGUUUGAAUUGAUACGGAAGCUGAUGAAACAUUAGAUUAAUGACUCCCAGUCAGUGCUGGAAGAAUAGUAUUUCCAAAGCUCUAGCUCACAUGUUUGUGGUUUCUGCUUUUGAAGUAGCUUCCUCUAAGGGGAAUAACAUUAUGGUACACAUGCUUCGACCACACAGAUUAUGGCCUUUUAUGCCAUGUUCCACGGUCACAGAGAAAACAAGGGUUAAACAGCAGAGUGACAGAUUAAUGCUGAGGGCUGGAGCGAUAGCACAGUGGGUAGGGCGUUUGCCUUGCACGCGGCCAACCUGGGUUUGAUUCCCAGCAUCCCAUAUGGUCCCCCGUGCACUGCCAGGAGUAAUUCCUGAGUGCAUGAGCCAGGAGUAACCACUGUGCAUCGCCGGGUGUGACCCAAAAAGCAAAAUAAAAAAAAAAUCAAAAGGUUAAUGCUAUGUGGGAAAGCAGUAAAAGCAUUCCCAUCCCUGAUGCAAGUUCCAAGUGUCCUUUGAUGGAAACUGACAAGUGGAUUUGGCCCUUGAGUUUGAGUCCUCAUGUCACCAAACAAUUCUCACAUCCAGGUUUUGUCUGUGCUUUGUUUCUGUGGUAUCAUCACCCACUCUUUGGGAGUUGUGUUUGUCCAUCUUUUAUUCAUCAAUCUUUCUUAGGUUACAAGCCCUGAUAGCCAUGUCAGUGGGCAAGGGACUCAUUUCUAACAUGUUAAAUUCAAAGGUAUUUUUUUCACUGUCAAUUCCUUUCUUGGAAUUAAAAAAAAAACUAUUGGUAACAUCUGACAGGAUCCCAUUAAGGACCUGAUCUACUUAAACAAUAAAAUGUUACCUAAACAUCUGAGAACCAAAGAAUAAUCUGGUGCACCUGUUCAUUUCAUUUGCAGAAUUAAAGCCAUUUUAUUAUAUUUUCCACCUGGAACCCUGCCUUUUGUAAUUGUGAAAAACUGAAGAGUGAAAUUAUCACAGGAUGUGAGCCAACAAGUAAAUAAAAAGAUGGAGAGCAAUUUUGUAAUCUAUGUUUUGGGAGUAAGACUGUGGUCCUUUAAAAUCACUUCUUUUAUAGAUAAUUUUUCCAAAGAUAGCUAGAAUGUGGAAUAUAUGUUCUUCUAUUCUUAGCUUCUGAACAGAAGCUUACAUAAUAGAAAUGACUUCAUGGCAUGUCCCAUGGAGUUUGGGAGAAAACAAAAACAAAACCAGAAGCACAAAAUAUCUUUCACAAUGAGAUAGAGGAGAUUCUGAAAUAAAUGCUUAUGUUGUAUUAUAGCAACUAACCCAAAUAAAGGGAGUUUGGGGGAUCAAGGAAAGUUUAUUUUUCCAGUUGGACACUUUGCUCUGAUUUGAAGGGCUCGACAGUUCCCCGCGGGAGCAGCAAGCUGCAUGUCCCCCACAAAGAGACUGACUCUGAGACCACGUUCAGGAAACACAAAAAAAUGUGCUGCUGGGUCUCACUCCCCACGCAAGUGCAAACAAAGUUCCAGUUUUCCUGUUAUUUUACUCAACAUCUGCCAUACAGGUGAAGCAGAUGACAACUAAGUAAGUGUGGACAUAACCUUCAGUUUAUGAUAAGCAAUGGGGAAUUGUCGGUAGUUUAGGAGAAACUGUUAGAACUCCAUUGAUGAAAAACAAAACACUCAAACUUGCCAUCAUUAACUCUUAGAUUUUAGAAAAACAAAGCAAGAUUUUUCUGGGAGUAGUUUUUCAAAAGGGAAGAUAACAAACAUUUUUAUGAAAUACCCGUGGACUUACUUAUAAUCCAAGUUGAAACUUUUAAAAUACUAAUACACUCUUGGGGAGAAAAUAGGAGGUCCUAUAUAGGAAAUAUAGAAAAUCAUUGUCUUGUUUUUCUCUGUGACUAUUGUGGUUAGUAUAGCACUGAAUAUAGCAAAAUUAGAUAUCAAAGAACAUACUAUUUCAAUAGCAAUGUUAUAUUUGAUCACAUGUGUGAAUAAAUGGAGAGCAAUCAUUGUAAUUCAUCAAUAGCAAUCAUUGACUAUUAGCUUCAUUGUCUCUUAGAAAAUGAACUUGAUACAAAAAUUAGAAUGAGCCACAGAUUUUAUGUGAAAAUAUCAUUCUGAGAAUCAAAGGACCCAUUACCUUCCAGAACUAGGUUUCAGCUUUUGAGGUUUCCUUUCACCAAAGAUAACUUGUAGGCAAAGAGGUGACAUGUGAAUUACAAUGGUAGCAGCCCCAUCUAGGACUUUUGACAGAGUACAUUUGAUGUGGAGUUCAGUCCAGGGAGGUGAGAAAAAUGGGAAGUAGGCCCCUGAAAGAUUUCAGUGGCCUCUGGAUGGUCUUAGUGGACAUUUUUAAAAGACUGCACACUACCCUAGGAUAGUUUGUAAUAAGCUAAAAUUGUUUCAUUGAAGGUAGGUGUUGGUUUCAUGCCCAGAUACGAGUGAGGUACAAUGGGAGAUCUGGCUUGCAAGAGUCAUGAAAGUUCAUUUCAGCAUCAAUUCCUGAUCUGCAAAUAAUUUCCUCACUUCAGCCAUUUUUCUGGUAUUUCCCAAAAGCAACUGGAUUUGGCAUUUGAAAUUCACAUUUAUCAUAGCUUCUAUCUCCAAGCAGAAGUGAAUUGAUACUGUUGGUGGCUGGGAGGGACCACAGAGGCACUGAGUGGGGCUUCUCAGCUCUCUCUCUCUUAGUCAGCAUCCUUUGGGGAGGUAAAUACUGGGUAGCACUGUUCUCCCGUUGUUCACCGAUUUGAUCAAGCGGGCCCAGUAACGUCUCCAUUGUGAGACUUUUUGUUACUGUGUUUGGCAUAUCGAAUAUGAAUACGUCAUGGAGAGCUUGCCAGGCUUUGCUGUGCAGGCGAGAUACUCACGGUAGCUUGCCAGGCUCUCCGAGAAGGAUGGAGGAAUCAAACUUGGGUUGGCCAGGUCGGCUGCAUGCAAGGCAAAGGUCCUACCCGCUGUGCUAUCGCUCCAGCCCAAAUACUGGUAAAUACCCUUCAGUAGGGUAAAUACUGGGGUAACAGACCACUGAGCUCCAGGACCUCUCUACCCUUGUAUCUCCAUGGGAGGUGACUUCCAAACUCACGAUGCAUUACUUGGUGAGAUCAUGGUUCAGGAUAACUCACUUAAAACCUAUUACCCAAAAAAUAAAUUAAGAAAUUUUUAAAAACAUGUGUGUAACUUUUGCCUCUUGGGGGAAAAAUAAAGCCUUUUAAAACUAUAACUGUCAAAUAGUCUUGAAAUUGAUUGCCAGGAGAAAAACACAUAGUUGUAUAUUUGCUGCUCUGUCAUAUGUAUCAUACAAAGAAUAGGGAUUUGAGUAACAGUGUCCUUGUCGUUGAGUGGAUAUAUAUGUGAUGUGUCAGAAACAGUCACAUGCCAAUAUACAUAAAUUGAUAGUGAAAAUCUACGACCAUGGGUAUCCUCCAGCAUCUGAUUCUAGGACUAGAUCUGUAAAGUACACAUUUUCCUUUCUGUCUUCCUUUAAUAUUUUUAUACAAUUUUAUAUGCUGUAAAAUUUUUUAAAAUAUUUCUAUUUUUAUUUGUAGAACUCAGUUCAGUUUUUAUCAGCUCUGGUACCCACUGUACAGCCAGAUUCCCCCACCCCCACCCCACUUUACCUAAUUUAAACACCCUCUCCUUUUCAUGCUCUUCUGUCAACCUCUCCCUUGUUUUUCUGCCCUUUGCAAAUUCUUUAUUUUGCUUCUGUCUCAGCAAGUCAUUUUGCUCUUAGCAUCUUUAUGGCAAAUGAAAACCCAUAGUAAUGGAAUAAAGCCAGAGUGUCUUGUUCUGAUAUAUCUAAUUGAGGAAAUGUCAGGGCCAAAGGAGAUGGGCGAGGGGGAAAUAUUUAGAGAAAAUGAAGCAGGAAAAAUGAGACCCUUGAGGGAGACCCAUUCUCUAAAGUAAGGUGGGCCCCUUUGGAGCUAACAUAACGCUCUUAUUAUUUUCUCUACAUAUAGCAGAGAGAUAUUCUGCUGUUACAGGAGUUUUCUCUUUUGAAUGCUAUGCAUUACCAUUGGUUUGUAGACUUUCCAAAUAAGGGAACUUGCCAUAAGAUGAGUGGAUAUAUCAGCUCAUCUCUUCAGCCUUACAUUUGCUGCCCUUCAGCUGCAUCUGUAGGACGUAUCCAAAAUAUUAAAAAUGUUUUAAAAUACUCAAGAAAGGAAGCGAACAGAACCGAAUUCCUAAAUCUCAAUCCAAAUCAUGCCAAAUGAAUAACUUUCUGGAGGAACAAGGAAGGGAUUUCUGGUUGUGUUCUGAGGAUGCUCUCCUAAAAGGAAGUUGAUAAAGCAAACUUGGUGUGGUUUUACUGCAGUGAGUGAAUGUAUUUCUGUGAUUAAAAACUGUUUCUAGCAGAAAAAAAAAUGUGAGUUCCACUUUGCAUUUGUUAUCAUAGGGCUAAAUAAUGGCUGUCUGUUCUAAAGAAGAGUGUUUGGUUUCCUAUGAUGUGGAUUUCUCUAAACAGACUAUUCAGGUACCAUAGCAUCACAUCUCCAAAUACAAAAAUAAAUCAUUUAAAUUCAUGUAAAACAUAAUAUGCUAACCUACUCUUAAUAAAUCCAAGAUGUGUCUAUUGUAAGUCUUUAUUGCACAGAUGAUACUGACAGUUCCUCAAUGCAUAAUCUCUCCCCAGCAUCUAGUAAUGAAUAAGUACUUGUAUGUUCGUCUAAUUACCAAAUAAAAAUAUUGAGUUGA